GGGGCCCAUCUCUCACUCCCUCGCCGGGACGGGCCUAGUGUAAUUAAUCAAUAUAAGCCAUCUUAUCUGUGCUGCGCAAGCUCCUCGUGGACGGCACAAGGAGCCCGGCUCCACUGUCACUGUCAAUUCUGUACUCUGUACCGAAGAACCGUGCCGACGCAAUGCGUUAUGCGCGUGGAAGAAGGCCUAUCAGCGGCGACAAUCACUGGCUCAGCUGUUCGCAUGCUGCGAGAUGACUCGGGGGCCGCUGUGCACGGCUUGGUGUGGCUUGGAGAUCGGAAGCCGGCGAUGGAGAGCCCUGUGGGCAGUGGACCCCGUGGGCCUGGCGGCUCUCGGGAUCGCAACGCCUAA